AUGGUCCUGAAGGAGAUACCAAGUAAGGCGUCAUCAGAAGGGAAGCCCCUCCUCACAGUGACUACCAAGCUGGUGAGCGAGCAACAAGAGAGCCGCCCUCUUCUGAGCCCCUCCAUCGACGACUUCCUCUGCGAGACCAAGUGUGAUGGGGUUUCCCGCCCAGUGACUUCCAACACAGCCGUUCUGUCUUCAACUCUGGACCUGCUCGAUCUCAGCGAACCCGUGGAGAGGAGGAACAGCAAGGGCAGGAAGAGUCCGCUGUCGUCCCUCCAGAAGAACAACUCUCACCGGAAGAAGACGGAUGAGACGGAGCUGAUCCAGGUGGAGGUGGAGCAGACCGGACCGAGCAUGAGAACCCCGGAGAGGGCGUCGCUGGACUCAGUCACCAUCAGUUCUUUGGACAAAUGGGAGGAACUGAAUCCCAACCCGGAGAGAAACGGCAACAGGAAGUGGAAGAUGGAGAGACGGCGCUCGUCUAAAAACUCCUCCAAUGAGUUUCUGUGGUCCAUCGACUGCAAAACGCAAUUAGACUCGACCAAUAAGAACACGUUGGAGGCGAACACCAAAGUGGAGCCGGAGUCCGCCCUCGCAUCGCAACUCAACAGGCAGUAUAUUAGUGGAAGACAUGCCCGGCUGAGCAAGGAGCAGCGGUGGGGGAGCGCCCUGCUGUCCAGACACCAGUCCCUGGAGGAGGAGUUCGAGCGAGCCAAGGCCGCCGUGGAGUCAGACACCGAGUUCUGGGAUAAGAUGCAGGCUGAAUGGGAAGAGCUGGCUCGAAGAAACUGGCUGACGGAGAACGAGCAGGCGCAGAUUCCCUCGUCGGUGUCGCCACACGAGAAGGGUUACUACUUCCACACAGAUAAUCCCUAUAAGGACUUGCCCAACGCGUUUGAAGAGGGACAUAAGAAAUCUCGAGAGGGAGACUUGCCAAACGCUGUGCUUUUGCUGGAAGCAGCUGUUCUGCAGGACCCUCAUGAUUCAGAGGCUUGGCAGGUGUUGGGAACCACCCAGGCCGAGAACGAGAACGAGCAGGCGGCGAUCGUCUCCCUCCAGAGGUGUUUGGAGCUCCACCCAAACAACCUCCCGGCCCUCAUGGCUCUGGCGGUGAGCCUGACCAACACCGGGAUGCGCAACGACGCCUGCGAGGCUUUGCUGCGCUGGCUCAGACACAACCCCAAGUACAAGCACCUGCUGAAGGGCAAGAGCCACCUGAUGGGGUCCCCCAACUCCCAGCGCAGGAUGUCUCACGCUCCCAACAUGGGCAGGCACGACAGCUCCAUCCUACCGGAGGUCAGAGAGCUUUUCCUGGAGGCGGUUCAGCACAACUCUGACAGCGUCGACCCAGAUCUGCAGACGGGCCUCGGGGUCCUUUACAAUCUCAGCGGAGAGUUCAACAAAGCUGUGGAGGCCUUCAAUACGGCGCUGUCGGUGCGGCCCGAGGACUACCUGCUGUGGAACCGCCUCGGGGCCACGCUGGCCAACGGCGACCGGAGCGAGGAGGCGGUGGAGGCCUACACUCGAGCCCUGGAGCUGCAGCCGGGCUUCAUCAGGUCCCGCUACAACCUGGGCAUCAGCUGCAUCAACCUGGGGGCACACAGAGAGGCGGCCAGCAACUUCCUGACCGCCUUAAGUCUCCAGAGGAAGAGCCGGAGUCGGCAGCAGUCCCACCAGGUGAUGUCCGGAAACAUCUGGGCCGCCUUGAGGAUAGCUUUAUCCAUGAUGGACCAGCCGGAGCUCUUCCAGGCUGCGAACAUCGGCGACCUGGACCUCCUCAUGCGAGCCUUUAACUUGGACAUUUGAGGAUCGGGAGGCAGCGAAUGACAGCAUCUCCCCCUUCUCGCUCACUCUCUGAUUUCUACCCAACAGCCAAAAGCCCAAAGUGCACACGUCAGAGCGGAUCGGCGUACGUUAGCGACGGUAGUGUGUUUUUAUGCACGUCCAAAUUAACUACAGUUGUCAAAGCUGUUAUAUUUUUCUCGCCCAAGUACCUUGGAGCAGUUCUGGGGACAGGUUCUUCCAAGGGUUUGAAGUGACUGCUCUGUGAUGGAUUUGCACUGCAAUUUGUGAUUUCCCUGAAGAGCACAAGGACGGGCAAAGAUUGUACGAGCAAUGCCUUAGAGAACACAUCAAUUAAAAACUGACUCAUCCAGUGGAACAGAGCUGAGCCAGGAGAGACGGACGCUUUUAAAGAGUCUCGCGGAGGGAACCUCACAAGCCGUUUGCACAGGGAACAAAAAAAAAAAAAAAAGACGAGGUUCUGAGAGAAGAACUGAGUGUUUGCGUCGACAUUGUCUCUCCGCUCCUGGAGGACGGAUUCGUCUUGACCGAUAAAGACUUCAACCUGGAGCUCCAGAUUCUGUUCCUGGCUUGUUUUUCAUCCUCCUUCGACGGAGAACACUGCAUGAAUAAGCAUUUUUCAUGAACGGAUUCUUGUUUAAAGAUCAACAUACUUUUAGAAGUUUUUCUCCCUUUGCACUUCAGACAAACAGAUACCUUCCUCAAGUGGAAUGUGCAAGCCAGGUUGUAAAGCCUUACUCCGAUGCAUGCGACCAACAAUAUUCAUUUAUACUAUUUUUAUGGCAACACACAAAAAAGAAAAAAAAAAAAAAGAAGAAGAGAAAACCACGAAGCCAUUUUCAGACUCGAUUUCUUUAAAUAACUGUUGUCUUCGGAACUUGAAAGCUUUCUGAGCCAUUAAUUUUUUUUGCUUUGUUUGUUUUUUGGUCUCGGCUCCGAGCUUCUUCCCUUUACGCCGACCGCUUGUGGAAUCACACGCUAACGGCCUAACGGCGGCAUCGAUCUGCGAAACCUUCAUUAGCGGUUUCACACAAAGUUUGUUGUCUAAAAAUAUCCCUUUCAUCUUCGUCCACAGACUUCUGGGGGCGACUCCAGAAGCCGGCGGACGGGCACGUCGUAGCCUAAUUUUUGCUGACUGUGUUUAUUGUAAUGCAGUGUAAUGACAUCACAGGUAGAAGAUGUGGCAGCAGCUCGGUGUGUUUUUCCCGUCAUUUGCGUCUCGCUGCUUCUCCACAGACGGCGAAGCUCGUUCGUUUAAUUAAAUCAGUCUGCCGUGAUUUAAA